ACCUCGAGCAACUGUGGAGGUUACUUGGUCUGGCAUUCCCUAGGCGUUUCCUCAGAGCCGGACCGCCCGGCCCUGAAGGGAGGCGUGCUCGCCCCCUAGAGCGGGCUGGAACCGACCUGCGAGCCGAGCGUCCCGGGAAGGAGGUCCCCGCUCAUCGCUUUGCUCCCGGUGCUUCCCAUUCGCGAGACUCAGAGGUGCACAGCGGCCACCCGACGCCCACUGGAGCAGGCAGCAGCAUGCGGCCGCCGCCAAGCUUGCGCGGACGCGCCCUGCUGGCGCUGGUCAUCGCCUGCGGCGUGGCGGGGGUCCAGGGAGAAGAGAGGGGAUUCCCAUCGACCAGGGCCACUCUGCCACUUCCGGGACCCGGAGAGAUAAUGACGCCCCCCGCCGAGGUUUCCUGGCCGAAGGAUCCCAACGCCAGCUUGCCGUCGACUUCUGCACCCCCGCAGAUGCCUAAAGCAGGGAGAACAACCGGAGCCCGGCCACGCUCGCCUCCUCCGUGCGAGAGAUCCAUUGAGAUCAAGGAGACUUUCAAGUAUAUCAACACGGUGGUGUCCUGUCUAGUGUUCGUGCUGGGCAUCAUCGGGAAUUCCACACUGCUGAGAAUCAUUUACAAGAACAAGUGCAUGCGAAACGGCCCUAAUAUCUUGAUAGCCAGCCUGGCUCUGGGAGACCUGCUACACAUCAUCAUUGACAUCCCCAUCACUGUCUACAAGCUGCUUGCCGAGGACUGGCCCUUUGGAGUUGAGAUGUGUAAGCUGGUGCCUUUUAUCCAGAAGGCCUCCGUGGGAAUCACUGUGUUGAGUCUAUGUGCUCUAAGUAUUGACAGAUAUCGAGCCGUUGCUUCUUGGAGUCGAAUUAAAGGAAUCGGGGUUCCAAAAUGGACAGCAGUCGAAAUUGUUUUAAUUUGGGUGGUCUCUGUGGUUCUGGCAGUCCCUGAAGCCGUGGGUUUUGAUAUGAUAACCAUUGACUACAAAGGACGUUACCUGCGAAUCUGCUUGCUUCGUCCCACUCAGAAAACAGCCUUCAUGCAGUUUUACAAGACAGCUAAAGAUUGGUGGCUAUUUAGUUUCUAUUUCUGCUUGCCAUUGGCCAUCACUGCAUUUUUUUAUACCCUGAUGACCUGUGAAAUGUUGAGAAAGAAGAGUGGCAUGCAGAUUGCUUUAAAUGACCACUUAAAGCAGAGACGGGAAGUGGCCAAAACGGUCUUUUGCCUGGUCCUCGUCUUUGCCCUGUGCUGGCUUCCCCUUCACCUCAGCAGGAUUUUGAAGCUCACUCUUUAUGAUCAGAAUGAUCCUAAUAGAUGUGAACUUUUGAGCUUUUUAUUGGUGUUGGACUACAUUGGCAUCAACAUGGCCUCCCUGAAUUCCUGCAUUAAUCCUAUAGCUCUGUAUUUGGUGAGCAAAAGAUUCAAAAACUGCUUUAAGUCAUGCCUAUGCUGCUGGUGCCAGUCAUUUGAAGAAAAACAGUCCUUGGAGGAAAAGCAGUCAUGCCUGAAGUUCAAAGCUAAUGAUCACGGAUAUGACAACUUCCGCUCCAGUAAUAAAUACAGCUCAUCUUAGGAGAAGGAAUAGUCACUUAAUUUCAUUUUCUUUAUUGUGGACAGAAGUCACUAAAACAAGGAGGCGUUUGCCAAAACAAAACAACUGUGUGCUUGCACAAAACAAUGUAAAAGUGUGAGAGUGAUUAUUUUCUUAACACUCACAGUGACCCAUGACUCUCUAUGAGCUAUUUAUUGCCUGAGAAAACAAAAGCCUUGAGAAUUAAGAAAGCCUCCUCGUGAAAGCACUUACUUUUACACAGCCAGCACUCCAGUGUAGCUCUUAAUAACUUCCAGUACAUUCCUGCACCGCUUAGGUUUAGGUUGAACUCACUCUGAAUUCCUGUUCAAGAGGUUUAUGUUUUAAAUUCAUGUGAAUCUGAUAUAAAGGAAAAUUGUGUCACUGUAAAAUGGAAUCUUUGAAUAAAGUUUAAAUGACUCAAUUUAAAAUUUUAAAAAACCCUUUAAAAGAAACUUUUCUUAAUUCGUGGUGUCAAACCAUUGGCUGGACUAUAAAAUGUGAAAGCAAGUUUAGCUGGUGUAUCUUUUUUUUUUUUUUUUUCACAUUAGAAACAUAAUUAAAGGAUCAGGAGGUAGCAUCAGAGAGAUUGAGGUUUUUGAAAAUCAUUACUCUUUCUCCAUUGAGAUAAGGCCAAAUGUCACAAAGGGAAGGAGAGAGAAGGUUUGGAAUGCUUUCCCAAAAGACUGCUUUGAAGUCUCCUACUCAUGUAUUCUGCGAAGAAAAUGCUACCUAUGAUUUUUUUUCAAGAUUAUUAAAAUAUCCUCCUUUCACUACUAUAGUUGAAACACUAUUUGUUUAUUUUGUCAUCUGCAAGGACUUAGCCACAAUUAUAGGACAUGCAGAUGAUUCAACAAAGGGCCAGCCCCAGCGUUUAGUACCUUUACAAUGGAGAGAUGCCAGUAACCACCUAAGGGACAGGACGUGAGUUGCCUGGAGCAGGGCCCACAGGGCGCAGGAGAAAGCAGGGUCCUCUCCCACCUGCUGCAGUCAAAAUGGUCUCUGGCGUAGGUGUAAUAUGAUAAUUAAAACACUGUUUUUUGAAAUCACACAAAUUAAUCAAUUUAACAACUACUUGUAAAGCUUAUUACUAAUUUUUAUAUCAUUUUUAUAAAUAACUAAUAAAAAACAGUUUUUGA